AUGGCAGCGACACCAGCAGCUACUUUCACUAUUGGAUCCACCGGUUCCCUUGGCCAAAGAGGAAGCUCUCUUCCUCAAUCAAGGUCUUUUGGGUUGAAAUUCAACGCCCAGAAUCCUUUGAAGAGUUUCUGUGGCCUUAAGGCUAUGUCAUCUGUGAGGUGUGAGUCAGAAUUAUCGUUCUUGGGUCACAAAAGUGUUUCUGCUCUGCGGGCAUCUUUUGCAUCCAAGGCUCGGAAGGAAAACAGCCAGAACUUCAACUACCAGUUGCAGCCUCAGGCUUCGUACAAAGUUGCAGUUCUUGGUGCUGCUGGAGGGAUAGGUCAACCCCUCGCGCUUCUCAUCAAGAUGUCCCCUUUAGUUUCCGAUCUGCAUCUCUAUGAUAUUGCAAAUGUCAAGGGAGUCGCUGCUGAUAUCAGUCACUGUAACACACCCUCCCAAGUCAGGGAUUUCACUGGAGCUUCUGAGUUGGCAAAUUGUUUGAAGGGUGUGGAUGUUGUUGUCAUUCCCGCCGGUGUUCCAAGGAAGCCCGGCAUGACCCGCGAUGACCUUUUCAACAUCAAUGCUGGCAUAGUCAGGGACUUGGUUUCGGCUGUUGCGGAUAAUUGCCCUGGUGCUUUUAUUCAAAUUAUCAGUAACCCUGUGAACUCUACUGUGCCUAUUGCUGCAGAAGUUUUGACACAGAAGGGUGUCUAUGAUCCUAAAAAGCUCUUUGGUGUUACCACACUGGAUGUUGUCAGGGCAAACACGUUUGUUGCCCAGAGGAAGAACCUGAAGCUGAUUGAUGUUGAUGUCCCUGUUGUUGGGGGCCAUGCCGGGAUUACCAUUCUUCCUCUGUUGUCAAAGACAAGACCCUCAGCGAGUUUCACUGAUGAAGAGGUUGAGGAGUUGACGGUCAGGAUUCAAAACGCUGGAACUGAAGUUGUGGAGGCAAAGGCAGGUGCUGGGUCUGCUACCUUGUCAAUGGCAUAUGCAGCUGCUAGAUUUGUUGAAUCGUCUCUUCGUGCACUUGAUGGAGAUGGGGAUGUGUAUGAGUGCUCAUUUGUGCAAUCAGAUUUGACUGACCUUCCAUUCUUUGCUUCAAGGGUGAAGCUUGGUAGGAAAGGUAUCGAGGCUUUAAUUCCAUCUGACCUCCAAGGGUUGACUGACUACGAGCAGAAGGCUUUGGAAGCUCUUAAGCCAGAACUCAAGGCUAGCAUAGAUAAGGGCAUUGCUUUUGCUCAGAAGCAACCUGUUGCUGCUUAG